AUGGCAAAGGUUGAACGUACCAAUGGGAUACUCAAAUCCAUGUUACGCAAGUAUGUGCAUGACCCCAAGUUACCUGGUGAUCCAUUGCGUCCUCUUAUUACUGCUGAUGAACCACAAGAUGAUCCCCAAGCACAUGUUUCAAGUCGACUCCCCACACUUCGUUCCUUACGUGAUGCUCGUGCUCAAGCUAUUACAAGGAUGCAAAAGGAUCGUGAAAAAGACAAGGCUCAAUGGGAUUUGCUCACCAAGAAGCAAGUUUAUUCCGGUUGGCGACUUUGA